GUCAUCAUUCCCUGUGUACUGCAUGCUGCCUCUUUAUCAAGUGAAACAAUACUGUAGUGCGGCCACCCUAGGCUUUUUCUUUUACCGAUAACAUAAUUACCGAUGACAGAAUGGCCGUUGGCGUAGAACCGUCCAGGGCUAUUAAUCUGAAGGACCGAGCCGCCUGGAGAAGCGCGCUUGAAUCUCCACGACCAGUCCUAGCUCAUCUCAACGGCGACACAACAUGGCUGCUUCAACUUCCGAUUCCAGCUUCUGCGGGAGGGGCGCCUACAGGGGUCAGGUCUAAGAAAAAGAAGGCAGCCCGUCGUUCACGGUUCAACAUCCUGAUCGACCCAUGGCUUCAAGGGCCACAGAGCGACGUCGCCUCGUGGUUCUCUACACAAUGGCACGUGGUUGAGCCGGCCGUGCAGACUAUACAGGAGCUUGAAGAAGUGCUGGCCGAUCUAGGAGAUGGGGGUGCAAGUUCUGGCACCACCCAGAUCGAUUGUGUGGCUAUAUCACAUGAGUUCACGGACCACUGCCAUCAGGCGACACUGACGGAGCUGCCCAGGGGCGUGCCUAUAGUCGCUACAGAAAAGGCCGCAGACCUGAUACGGUCCUGGGGGCAUUUCGACACUGUGAAAGUCACACCUGGCUUCUCAUCUGCGACGACAGACUGGCGUGAGGAGUUGGUGGACCAGACAGGCACGCUACCGCCGUGGCUUGGAAUCGGUCGCGUGAUCACCGAGGGCAACGCACUGUACUAUCACUCAGCGGUGAUAAUAGCCUUCGACUUAGGGCACAGUCCCAACCAGCGAGCAACACGAUCCAAGGACACGGCGACCCAGCAACGGUCGGAAGCGGUGAUAUACUCGCCCCACGGGAUCAAAGGACCUGACCUGGAUUGCAUCCGAGCUGCGGGCAUCAAGACCCUCGCCUUGCUGCAUGGUUUGGAUGACGUCCGCAUUUGGAUGACGGCACAGUUGAACCUCGGCGCACUUAACGGCAUCCAGGCAGUGCGGGCCAGCGGCGCAAAGUACUGGAUAGCGACGCACGACGAGACAAAGAAAGGAGGCGGGCUCAUCUCCUGGCUACUGCAGCGGACAACGUAUUCUCUGAGAGACGCUGUCGAGACCGAGAAGGCGAAGGAGAUGGAAACCGAGGAGGACAAGAUCCUGGAUUAUGAGUUUGUCGAGCUGGGCUCGGGAGACGGGAUGAUCCUGACGUAAAGUGUCAGGAAUCACAAGGCUCAAUGGGUAAUGCAAAGCUUGCUCGACAACAUUGGAUAGAGAUAAAUUCACCAAUGCGUCCGUGAAGGACAAUGAGCGAAGCACGGCCAGGGAGAACAGAGAACAGAUGCCCUGCCGUCGCUUCAGUUUGGAUGCGGACAGGGUUGUCGUGUCUGCAAACGGGUAUUUUUUGACGCGGCCAGCGAGCUUUCUGAUCCUAGACUUUGGGGGAGACUUUUCGACGUAUUAUGUGCCGAUUAUGUCGAAAGGCGCCUGCAUGUGCCAUAAAAUUGACGCUCCCAUCUCUUGCAA